AGCGCCGGGGCGGCCCGGCGGUGGGUGCGGAAGCCGGGGGGUCUCGCUGCUGCCGCCGCCGCCGCCGCCGCUUCGCCGGGCCCCGCGCCCUGUUUCUCCCCGGACGGCGGCGAUGGACGCGCGGGCGCGCGCGAAGCGCUACGAGAAGCUGGACUUCUUGGGAGAGGGGCAGUUCGCCACUGUCUAUAAAGCGAGGGAUAAGAACACCAACCAAAUCGUGGCCAUUAAAAAGAUUAAACUGGGACAUAGAUCAGAAGCUAAAGAUGGAAUCAACAGAACGGCCCUCAGGGAGAUAAAAUUGUUACAGGAGCUAAGCCAUCCAAAUAUUAUUGGUCUUCUAGAUGCAUUUGGACACAAGUCAAAUAUUAGUUUGGUGUUUGAUUUUAUGGAAACCGAUCUAGAGGUGAUUAUAAAAGAUACUAGUAUUGUGUUGACACAAUCUCACAUCAAGGCAUAUAUGCUGAUGACACUUCAAGGAUUAGAAUAUUUACACCAGCACUGGAUUCUACACAGGGAUCUUAAACCAAAUAAUUUGUUGUUAGAUGAAAAUGGGGUUUUAAAACUGGCUGACUUUGGCUUGGCAAAAUCUUUUGGAAGCCCAAACAGAGUUUAUACCCACCAAGUAGUAACAAGGUGGUACCGGGCCCCAGAAUUAUUGUUUGGUGCCAGAAUGUAUGGUGUUGGUGUCGAUAUGUGGGCUGUUGGUUGUAUUUUAGCUGAAUUGCUCCUCAGGGUUCCUUUUUUGCCUGGAGACUCUGAUCUUGACCAGCUGACAAGGAUAUUUGAAACACUGGGCACUCCAACAGAAGAACAAUGGCCUGGAAUGACGAGUCUUCCAGAUUAUAUUACAUUUAAGUCCUUCCCUGGAAUGCCACUUCAACAUAUCUUCAGUGCAGCUGGCGAUGAUUUGCUCAGUCUUCUGCAAGGCUUAUUCACAUUUAAUCCUUGUACGAGGGUUACAGCUACUCAGGCAUUGAAACAGAAGUAUUUCAGUAACCGACCAGGACCCACUCCAGGAAAUCAGCUGCCGAGACCCAACUGUCCCGCUGAAGCUGUGAAAGAGCAACAAAGUGCACUUUUAAAUUUAAAAAGGAAGAGACCAGAAGGAAUAGAUCAAGGUUUACCAAAAAAACUGGUUUUUUGAUUGCUGUGGAUGGUGGAUGAAAAUGAACAAAAAUGGCCGGAGUCUCAACCAUUGAAAAAACGAUGUAAUAGUCACUGGGUGGUUAUUUUGUAAUAUCUUAAUAUGUAUAAUGUGAAUUUAAUAUUUCCUUACUGAAACAGGUUUCAUUAGCCCUAUGUUUUUUGUUUUUGUUUUUGUUUUUUUUAAUAAAAGCAUUUUUGAGCAAAAGAA